AUGGACUUGAGCGAGCCCUCCGGAUACGAGUCAUACUCCAACCGACUUGACCCUCAUGAUGAAGUCGACAAUGCGCAUGUCGAAAAGGCAGCUCGUCUGAGUUCAGAUGAACAAGCUCUUCUCAAACAGCGACGGGCGCCGCCCAAGUCGAAAGGAGGUGCUCUGGAUAGCAUCCGCCUCGCUUUGCGAGUUCUCAUUCUCCUCGUCAAUCUGAGUAUUCUUGGUUUACUGGCACAUGGAGUCAAUGUUUGGCAAACAACACAUAACUCCAUUGACAGGAACGAAGAUGGUUGGGUGAGAACUCGAUGGCCCUCUAUCAAGAUGCUGUCAACGUGGCUCAUGCUGGCUAUGGCCAUUUUUGCACCCGUCGUUCAAAUUGUCGCUCUCGUCACGCGUCUCAGUUUCUUCCGCUCGAUGCGCGAUGGAGCAGUACACAACGUCGCUGUCUUUGUUAGCUCCGGACUUGUCAUCGCUGGUUGGAUCGCAGCAUCGGUUUACCUUAUCGUUGAUAAAGAAGUCCUCAAGAACAAUCACUGGGAUCUUUGGUCUUGGUCAUGCCAGAACAAUUCGCGACAAAGCUACAUACCUUGGGCAAGCUUAUGUACAGAAAUGACCUUUACCUAUGCUGCAAGUUUGGGUGUCAUGUUAUUGGAAAUUGUCACCUUGGUGCUCUUUGUUGCCUCGUUGAGAGAAACAGUAACUCGGAUCUACUUCAAAGAGAAAAUGGCAGUUUCACCAGAGGCCUACGCCAUCAUAUCGCAGAAGAAGGCUAAAUACUGUCGUCUCGCUGACACUCAACAAUGGGACAAGUUUGACAGUAUCAUGCUCCCCAAUGCGACAUACUCGUUCCACGACCCUGAUGGAAGCGUGAUUACAAGGGACGGCACGACAUUUUCAUGGUCGUCGCGAGAUGAAUGGGCUGCCUUCUUCAACAAUGAGAACAAAGAAAUACAGGCGAUUCACAACAUCGGCCCUCCAGAAAUGGAGCAGGUCGCGCCAGACGAGAUCAAGGCUAUUUGGUCGGUUAUAUACCAUGCGGGCAAUAAGAAUGCUGAAUCAGGUGUUCAUGGGACUGGUGGCGGGUAUUAUCACGAGACGUGGAAAAAGGUUGGAGAUGACUGGUUUAUGGCAACACUGAGGAUGGACAGAUUGUAUUGGAAGAUGUUGAUGCACUGA